AAGUAUUUCUCUGCUGCUGCCAACACAACCUUUAUUUUCUGUGAUUUAAAAAAAAAAAAAAAAUUAUGCAGUACAAUUGACAACCAUAGCUAUGAAUGCCAAGAAACCUACCUUACUGAAGCAAAUACAGUAUUCUUCCCAUCACUCUCUAUUAGUCUCUGCCAAAUCGCAGGAAUCCUCUCAGGAUCCCUCACCCUGUACCCAUCUUCCUCUACCACUCUCUUCACCACUUCCGCAUACGACACUAUCUGUACUACUCUGACGGUAGCAACCUCAACCUGCCUUUCUCUCACCGGACACCUCCGAUCUCUAGCCCCAUGGGCACCCCCACAACUAACAUCCAAACUACACAUUCCAUCAUCUCAUGCCCUCUUGCACACUUCUCACAUCUAGGACUCUCCCUCCUACUUACUGCUGCAACAUGCCCAUAAAUUUGACCCAUUAAACACCAAAGUGUUUCACGGGAUAACUCUCACUUCCUACCUUAAUCUUAUCUGCCAAAGAUUACAGCAAAACUUUUCAGUUUCCCAACUCUCUCCACCGGAUCUUUGUCGCAACCAGGCUUGGGGAGUAACGUAUUAAAAAUGCUUUCACACUUCUAUGUUUUCUCAAUGACAUUUAAAUCAACAUUGAAAAAAGGUGCAAGUUUUUAAGUUUGUUCCACCUGAGCGUGUCUGACCACAAGUCAGAGACCACUAUGAUGACACACCAAAUAUGUUUGAUGGAUCGCUGGAAAAGAUCAGGAAUAGGUUUUUGUAGGCUACAGUCCAAGCUAUGUCUUCCAGUGCUGCGACUGCUGUUGGCAUCCAAAGAUUAAUCAAUAAAUGCUUGGAGGAGACAGCUCACUGCAGAAUGAGUCCACACAGUGCUGCCAGAGUGGUGGUGGUUGGUGCUGGUCUAGCAGGCUUAUCUGCAGCUUCCACCCUGGUGAAAGCUGGCUUUCAGCACAUCCAAGUCCUGGAGGCUAUGGGCAGGCCUGGAGGCCGGGUCUACACCACAAGACCCUUUGGCCAGAAUGUAAUUGAGCUGGGGGCCAACUGGAUCCACGGUCAGGAGGCCAACCCUCUCUUCCUGCUAGCCCAGGAGCAGGGCCUGCUGCUGGAGGAAAGAGGCUCAGCCAGCAUCAUGUGCCUGCCAGGCUCCGUCACCCCUAGGGACUAUUUCUUCCGGGAGAGCAGGCGACAGCUUCCGGUGGACGAGGUGGAGCAGGUGUGUUCCUUUUUCAGCGGGCUCACCUCCAGGGCCUUCGAAUCAGAGUUGGAGCCGAGGCACAGCAGUCAGAGCCUGGGGGGCUACCUGGACGAGGAGUUCGCCCAGUCACCCCUGGCGGCCUCCGAGGACGGCGCAAGGGUAUUCGAGUGGUGCAAGAGGAGCGAAUGCACGGAUGAGGCCAGCUCCUCCCUCUAUGAGGUGUCUGCCUCGCAGCUGGGUCACUAUGUGGCCUUGGAGGGGGGCUUCUUCAAUUCUUUGGGCCCCGGAGGUUAUCAGGCCCUGGCAGACACCCUCUUGGACAACCUUCCGCCUGGAGCCGUGCUGUGUGACAGGCCGGUACACAGCAUCCACUGGGCCCUGCAGGAGGAGAAGAACCACACCUGUCCAGUCAGAGUGCUGUGCCAGGGGGGCCAGUGCUUCAUGGCAGACCACGUCAUCGUGACCGUCCCUUUAGGCUUCCUGAAAGAGAAUGCAGUGGCCAUGUUUGAGCCAGCCCUCCCCAAGUCCAAGGCCGAUGCCAUUGAGAGACUGGGCUUUGGCACGGUGGACAAGAUUUACCUGCGGUUCGAGGACAGGUUCUGGCCCCACGACUGUGCCGGGAUCCAGCUGGUGUGGGACGCGGGGCCCGAGGAUGAGGAGGUAUACCAGCACUCUCAGUCAGAGGGUGGGGCCUGGAGAGACAUGUGGUAUAAGAAGAUCUGUGGCUUUGACACGGUGGCCCGCCAUCCCACAGUCCUCUGCGGCUGGAUCACAGGCCGGGAGGCCCAACACAUGGAGAGCCUGGAUGAGAAGAUAGUGGGAGAGGUCUGUGUAAGAAUGCUCAGGUCCUUCACUGGCUGGUCAGUACCAGAGCCAGCCCAGGUCCUGAUGUCCAAGUGGGGGAGUGAGCGUUUUGUCCGUGGUUCCUAUACGUACCCCCCUCCAGGAGUGGACGCUGUGAGGGAACACACAGCCCUGGCAGCCCCUCUUCCUUUGCCCUGUGAGGCUGGAUACUCACAGGCAAAGCCUCUUCAGGUGCUGUUUGCUGGCGAGGCCACCCACGCUAACUUCUACACCACCACUCACGGGGCCUACAUGACGGGCAUCAGAGAAGCACAAAGACUCAUUGACCUUUACGCCGAUAGUGAGCCCGAUUCCUAUAACGAGUGAUACACAAAACGCCUCAUUAACUAAGACCUCUAGCUUCUCAACAGGUUACUGAUACUGAUGAAAUUACCAUGAAUUGUUUUCAGUAAGCAGCUGCUUGAAAUCAUUAGCCACUAUGAAUGUCGCCACUAUGGAUUCAGCUGUGGACUUUGGUCACUAUCAUGCGAUUGUGUUAAAGUUGAAGUGCUUUGUAAUUGUAGUUGUAUGUCACAGUAUUAGUUCUUUCUUUUAGGGAUUGGUUAGCAUACUAAUAAUGAAUAAUGAAUGCUAAUGAAUACUCAUAAUGAAAUGACCUUUGUUCCUUCUUUCAUGUAAAUUGAAACCGUAGCAGUAAUUCAUUGACAACCUUUUUUUUUUUUUUUUUACACAAAUAAUUUUUUGGGGUGAUGAAUAUAUUAAUUGAAUCCCAAUUAGAUACACCACACUGCCAUUUGUUUUCACAUUAAAAUUUUAUGCACAUAUCA